CUUGUGGCCGCAAGCAGGAGGAAGCAAUUGAAAGCGGGAAAGAAGGAAGGGAAACUUCAUUUUCUCUUACUCAGCCAAACUCGGCCAUCUAGGACUUCUCCUCCUCCGUCCCAUCGUCCUUCCUGCACCCAAGUGGGACGUUUGUCUCCAGAAACCUGGUCGGGUUCUGGUCUUCUUUCCAAGGAGAGUCAAGAUGGCGAGCCCCCUGUGGUUUGCAGCGGCUGCCCUGAUCCUGACGUUGAAGAUCGUGGCUGGCCAGCAAAACGUUUGCAAAGCGUCGGACGGCAGAGACGGGCAUCCGGGAGCCCCGGGCCUGAAUGGAAGACCGGGCCAAAAAGGAGACCUGGGUGCCCCAGGCUUGGGGACACGGAGCAGCGGCAUCCGGGGCCCGAAAGGCGAACCGGGGGAGGCCGGCCUCCCGGGAGAGCCGGGCAGCCAAGGUUUCCGAGGCCUGGAUGGCCCCCCGGGCCCCCCCGGAGAACCGGGGGACCGUGGCCCCAAAGGCCAAGUGGGGAACCUGCAGGACCAGCCCAAGACGGCCUUCUCGGCGUCCCGCAAGAACCCGUCUCCGGGCGUCUCCCCCAAAACCGUGGUGUUCGACCACAGCAUCACCAACCAGGAUAACGCCUACAGCACCCAGACGGGGAAAUUCACCUGCCGGGUGCCGGGCUAUUAUUAUUUCACCUUCCAGGUGAUCUCCAAGGGCAGCCUCUGCCUGGACCUGAUGCACAGGGACCAGUCGGUGGCCACCUUCUGCGACCAGAGCCAGGGCCUCCUGCAGGUCAACUCGGGGGGCAGCGUCCUGAACCUGGCUCCGGGCGACCAGGUGUGGCUGGACAGCGAUCCGCCAGGUGCGGCCAACAUCUACGCCGGGACGGAAGCCGACAGCGUCUUCAGCGGCUUCC